CUAUAAGGUGGGGCUGCUGUUUUUUUGUGGUUCUAUGGGAGUGAACCUGUCACAGCAGCAUUUGCAAACAGCUUCUCAUCAAACAGUUUGUAGAGAAGAACAGAGAUUACAGAUGAACCUCUUUGAAGCAUCAAAAGAGACGGACAAUGGGCAACUCAAUCACUAGAACGGAGAAGCCCAAAUCGGGGGUCAUCUAACCUCUUUCAAGCGUAGCCAACAAGGAGUGGCAAGAAAUUUUACAUCGACAUUUGGAAACCAAGAAGACAAACCUUGGUUAUUAUUUUUUUUUUCUUGUAGAAGACAGCAAGUCCAACACAAAAAAAUGGAUAAAUUUCGGAUGAUCUUCCAGUUCCUGCAGUCCAACCAGGAAUCUUUUAUGAAUGGGAUAUGUGGUAUUAUGGCAUUGGCAAGUGCCCAUCUCUACACCGCUUUUGAUUUCAAUUGCCCUUGCCUUCCAAAUUACAACUUGACUUACGGGAUGGGUGUCCUCUGCGUUCCGCCUAUUGUGCUGUUUCUACUUGGGUUUGUAAUGAACAAUAACGUGUCCAUGUUGGCGGAAGAAUGGAAGAGGCCCACUGGCAUGAGGCAAAAAGACUCAGCCGUCCUACGCUAUAUGUUCUGCUCGAUGACCCAGCGGGCGCUGAUCGCCCCGGCCGUGUGGGUAUCCGUGACGUUAUUACACGGCGAGUGUUUUAUAUGUGCCUUUAGCACGUCGGUGCCCGUGGAGAAGCUCGGAAAUAUGACAGGUGUGAAUUUGUCGGAGAAAGAGAUUAAAAGAAUACUGGCCAGGAUUCCAUGCAAAGAGAUUUAUGAUGGACAUCACAUUAUUGGACAAGAAGUGGCGUCUAGGUACUUACGGUGCAUUUCCCAGGCAUUCGGCUGGACCUUUGUUCUGCUGAUGACCUUCUUUGCGUUCCUUGUCAGAGCCAUUCGGCCAUGCUUCACCCAAGCGGCCUUCCUGAAAAGCAAAUACUGGUCCCAUUACAUUGACAUAGAGCGCAAGCUUUUUGACGAGACAUGCACGGAACACGCAAAGAGCUUUGCCAAGCUAUGUAUCCAGCAGUUUUUCGAGACGAUAAACAGGGACAUGAACCUGUCCCACAGCCAUAUUCUGGAGAAGACCCUGGAACCAGAAGAAGAUGAGAAGCUGCUGGGAAUCACAAACCAAGGAACGAUGAAUAAACUCUUAAAGAACUGGCACAAAUGUAAGCCCCCGCUUAACCUCAAUAAGUAUGAAGACCACAAUGGUAACGGUUGUAUCAAAGAAAAUCACCAUUUAAAUGACCUAAGCGUCCCUAAGAAGGAAUUUAUAACAUAUUACAGUAAAGUCUGAAGAUUUGAUGGUUAACAUUAAAUAGAAGAUACAUGAUUCGAUCUUUUUAAUGGAAAUCUGCCUGCAGGAACUCAACGGAGAGUAACGGAUCACUGAAUAAACGUGACUUGCUGUGGCACAGGGACGGCUAACCCAUUUGUGGAUAAUGGGAGACAAAGUUCAACCGCAUCGAGAAGGUCAAAAGUUGGCCGAAAUGUUCUAGCUUCAUCGUGCAUAUGACUUCUUUGAGUAGAAGUUACCGUGAUGUCAUGCGUCUGAUGCCGUAUCCCCUCUAAGGAGAGCGACCCCAGCCCUUAUGUGGCAUUUUGAGAGGUUGUUUUGAGCACCUUUGUGUUCCGAGCAGCUUGUGUUAAGUUGUGUCCUUCCUUAACGGUUUUAACCCCUUAAUGACAAAAUGCAUUGGUUUCAAUGGGUUUAGGGUACCGCCCAUUGUCCUUAAGGGGUUAAUGCUGGACCUUAGAGGAAAUACAGGACAUGUAAAUUAGAGAGUUUCGAUUAAAAAAAUAUGCGAUUAUCAGAGACUUUAAAUCCAGAACCAUAGUUAUUUGUGUAACGUGUUUUCCUCUUUAAUUGUUAAA